GAUCCCUCGCGAGAGCCACGAUCCUGGUCAAAAUGGCGUCGCACAUGCUUCGACGACUUGCUCAGAGCAAUUUGACUACAACGCUGCUAAGGAGACAAGCAAUUCGCUUAAUCUCUAGCUCUGCACCUCGAAUACUUACAGCCGCGGUCCAUUGUCACAAAAAGUCGUUUUAUGUCCGUAAUGAACCAGUUCAAUCCCUGUUGCACAAUGUUCGACUUUUUGCUACUGCAGCUCGAACCAUCGACGAUCUAAGAAAUCAGGUCUUGAACGUGGUCAAACUCUUUGAUAAAGUCGACGCAGAACAGGUCACCCUUGAAAGUCAUUUCAUCAAUGACCUUGGUCUAGACAGUCUGGAUGUUGUUGAGAUUGUGAUGGCAUUUGAAGAUGAAUUUGCUGUGGAAAUAUCUGACGAGGAAGCAGAAAAGAUAAUGACAGUAAAUGAUGCUGUAGAGUUCCUUAGGAAAGCUCUAGAUGUUGCUUAGAGACAGGGUUCACAUGUGUGACAAGCCAUGCUACAGUGUUGCUACUAUUCAAGAGAAUCUUCCCUGUCAAGCCAAGCACAGAGUUAUACUGAAACUAAUAUUCCAUUCUAAACUUACUAUUUGUAUUUGUAAGAUUGUGUUGUUAAUAAAGGGUUGUCUGAUUUUCUGA